CUGCAUUGACGUGUCUGAAAUGACAACAGAGAUUGUAGAUUCAUUGAAGCCGUGUUUUGUAUUUCAAAGGAAACUAUUUGUUAUUUGCAACGUUUAAUAAACAUAAUUUUCUUAUAUUUUGAUUAUAAGCAAAAUGGCUUAUAACAACACCGCUGGAGCAAAUGAUUUUUAUGCCGGCCCUACCGAACAGUCGUUCAAUUUUGAAGUGCCCGAGUUUGGACAAGAACUAGAUUUUCAAAACUUCGAUAGCACACAAGCUGAUGUACCACCAAACUAUGAUGCUAGCUAUGGUGGCAGCAAUCAAGGUCUAAGUGGUUUCUAUGACCCCAAUGCAUAUGUAAAUCAAACAUACGACCAAGAUUCUGGCUUUAAGCCCGGUGGGACAGGAAAUGAGUUCGAUGACGAGCCACCAUUGUUGGAAGAAUUGGGCAUAAACCCGAAUCACAUCUUUCUCAAGACAUUGGCUGUGCUAAAUCCUUUGCGCGCAACGGAUCAGAUGAUCCUUCAGGACACUGACAUGGCCGGUCCAUUGGUCUUUUGCUUAGCUUUGGGUGGCUUUCUUUUGCUGAGUGGCAAAGUAACAUUCUCAUAUAUUUACGGCAUCGGUGUGAUGGGAUGUAUCGCCUUCUAUUGUCUGCUGUCGCUGAUGGCAACACAGGCGCAAGUAACCUUCGGCGCUGUGGUUUCUGUGCUCGGUUAUUGUUUGUUACCCAUGGUGGUGUUGUCCGGCAUUAACGUUUUAAUCACCAUACAGGGCACUCUUGGACUGAUUGUCGCUGGUGUGGCGAUACUCUGGUGUGCAAUGUCUGCAUCGAAACUCUUCGUCACGGCCUACUCGAUGGAUCAUCAACAAGUGCUAAUUGCGUAUCCGUGUGCUCUGUUGUACGGCGUGUUUGCUCUCAUUACGAUUUUUUAAAUAUAAAAUAUUUAACCAAAUAUAUUAAAAUAUUGGCCUAAUAACAUUCUACGUGUAGAUAACAAUGAUAAUAAUGAUAAAGUGAAUCUGAUGAGUUAAUGUGCGAUAAACAAAAA